GUCGAACUUGUGCGCCUGUGUAACUGCGCGGACAUGCCGGUCCGACCAGUCAGCGGACCGGCCGGCCUGCGCGAGCAGUUCUCGGACAUAGCCGCGAGUCGGACGGACUCCGACCUCUCGUGGGACAACCAUGUCCGACAAUUGCUCGGACAGGCCGGUCCGAGGAUUCGUCGGGCUGGCCAGUCCGAGCAGAGAGUUUGCGCAGUGUCUCAGCUCAACACCAACCUCAACUAUCCGCGGACCGCUCUCAUCCUCGACGCCAUCGACUCCGCAAUACAACUUACAAGCUCAACUUGCUCACUCGGAGCAACCGAUCGAUGGUCAUCAAGGUCUUGCUCUAACUUCUCACCCUCGCUUGCAGGACUCGAAUCUAACCUUGAUACACUGGUUCAUCUUUCUCGUCGUUCUUCUCUGCUCGUCGUUCUUCUCUGCUCGUCUCCUUCGUGUCGUGACUCGAAAUCAUAUUGGGAUCUGUUUUUAGCACUUUACGUCGACAGGCCUCACUCUCACAAGUCGGUCAACAGCCCUCACUCUCACAAGUCGCUCCACGCCCAUACUCUCAGGAUGGUACCCAAAAGAAUCUGGCUAUCGUACAACAAUCAGCUCAGUUGCGUUCUAACACAAGAGCUCGAGUUCGUUAUUGACCUCGCCAAGGCGGCCAGAAACGAAUUCUUGCCUUAUCUGCGUGACUUCGCCACGUCGGAUAUCACCCUGCAUGUCGAUGAGGAUGCAGAGGCGCUGGCUACAGACUCAGCCCUUGCGGAAAUCGCGGCACAACUAUCCCCUUGCGGCGUCUCAAAGACUCCUCUUAUAGUGAAAGUCCCAGAAUUUAAAGCAGGAUCGAAAGUUGAAGAGGGCCUCCUACGCUUCUGGAAGGCUCUACCAGAGGCCAGUUUGGUUGUCGACGGGGAGGUGGAAUACUUGGAGCUAAAAGAGUCUUACAUUCUCGGAAUCAAAAAACUUGGUGACCGCCUACUCGUGCGCCCUAUUUACAAAGAGCUCUGCGAGCUUUUUGAGGUCGAGGGCUAUGAUCAAUGGGUCGUUACCGGUACUCCUGGGAUUGGAAAAACCUUUUUUUCCGUCUACUACAUGUGGAUCGCUGCGCGCAAGAAAAAAGCUGUGUUGUGGCAGAAUCCCUUCUUUCCUGAUGAUGUGUGCUAUUUGAUGACAUCAAGCGGCAUUGCACCGGUUCGUACUUGGGGUUCUGAGAUUGACGGCGUUCUCGCAAAAUUCGACCCAGUACACAUUGUGGAUGGUCGAGCUCCAAACUUGAGAAACGUCUGGACUCUCCUCGUCACCUCUCCACAGCACAAUCACUACCACCAAUUUCUCAAAGACGACGAUUCAAAUCUAUUGUAUAUGCCGCCUUGGAGUUAUGAGGAAUUGCAAACUUGCAAAGCUAUCCUUUAUCCAGAUGAACGAAUAUUGCCCACAACGCUCAUGGACCGGGUUUUCAAAUGGUACGGCGGUGUGCCGAGAUACGUUCUUGCUCGGGCCUCAACUGAAUUCAAACGAAAGGGUGGCAACGAGGACGCCGCAUUUCAAGCGGUGAAUCGGAGUCUGACUGAAGCCAUCAACCGAGGUGGCAUAAUGGAUGCUAUCAAAGCCUAUCAGAGCAAAACUACCGAUGGACAAUAUUCGCAUCGUGUGAUACACAUUUUUAGUCACCCCUCUGGAGAACUCACUCAGUUUCACUUGUCAUGGGCAUCAGACCAAGUAGCAACCGAAAUGUCCAAAAUAUAUGAGCAAGAACUUCGCUUUAACAUUCUGAACUUGCUCCGAAAUUUUCCCGAUGGUAGCAAUUUCCGUAGAAUGCUCUUCGAGAUCCACGCUCAAAACGUGUUGCAAGAAGGUGGAACCUUUCAAGUCCGUCCACUUGGCGAAGGAGAUCCGCGAAGUGGCCAGGACAUUAAGAUCACGUUUCCCGCAGCCGAACGUCGGACCUUCAUAACUUACGAAGAAGUUAACCUACGCACCGACGUGUUCUGGAAGCCGUGCAGUCCAACUCUGGCUUCAAUUGAUUUGUUGCGUGGACCAGCAAAUUGUUUUCAAAUUACAGUUUCCAACACACAUCCGAUCAAGCACCAGGGCCUCAGCAAAGCUCUAGAGCUGGUGGACAAGUCCGAAUCCAGCCGAAGGCUUUACUUCGUGGUCCCAUCCAAUAUUUAUUCGACUUACAAACAUCAGCCGUAUCAUACCAAAGACGGGAAGAUAUACAAGCGAAACCUUGGUGACGUUGGCAAAGUAGAGCAGUGGGCUUUGAUGAUUCCAAUAGGGGCCGAGAAUCUGUCAAGAGGAGAUGAGGAACCCCCCAAAAAGAAGCAGACUGUCUGAAGAGACACGCCAAAAAAGACUGUUGUGCUAGCCCCCUUAUCCAUCAUCUGAAUAGAACUAUAGUCCAGACAACUCCACCAUGCUCACAGAAAUUGCCACACUGCUUGAUUGGACAACUUACACACAUCAUCAGUCACAAUUGGAUAUGCUUGUACUUGCAUUAUGCUAGAUCUGCAGUGUUAUAAGUAAAAUCAAAAACAGUAUAAAAAAGUAAAUGUGUUAUAUCACAUAAGUUCAAGGAUCAAUUUCACUAUGAUGUUUUGACAAUAUUCUUGUCUUCAAAGCAGUUGACAAACUGAGUUGUCUUGACCAUCUGAUUGGUCUUUCCCAGAUUAGGCUUGUGUUCUCUUUGUUAUUUUAUCCUCAUUAUGAUGGUGUGUAAUCUACACUGCAACCAAUGGAGAUUUGAGUUAAGGCCUACAAAAACAUGUGGG